UAGAGACUGACAGCGACGCGGCCUUGUCUGGGGCCGGGCAGGCCUGCCUGCUCAGGGGGGAAGGUGCUGCUCCCCGGGGGCUUGGAAAACAGCGUCGAGGGGAGAAAUGAGGAAUGGCAGGACAGCAGGAGCGACAGCCCUAAACACAAAAGGAUGAAUCAGGUUUCCUGACUAAUAGUACCACCUUUCAGAGACAGUUCGUGGGUCAUUUCUGGGCCAGUUAGUUUUAUAUCGGUCUUGAAGAUAGGCAUCAGUCUCAUGAACGUGUUCCUGAGAAAGCAGUGCCACCUUCUGUGACAAUACAGAUUUCGUCAUUAACUUCUGUUUGAAGUGAUACAAACACAGUACUAAAUACUUCUAACCACUAGGUGAUCUCCACAAUAGCAUCAAUUUGUGAUGGUUUUGAUGUGACAACUUUCAGUUAUUUUCUGUGAGUUGUUUUCAAUCAGUUUUUGAACAAUUUUCAUUUAUUUUGUAUCUUACAUUGAAGAUGGUUGAAUAGUUAACAGGCAGUUACAGCAUGACAGCAGCAAUUGUAUUGUAAGUGUUUGGGCUGAGGGAAGAAGAUGUUCUUAGAGCUACGACUGUAUUCACAAACUUAGGAUCUGUCCUGUGGAGCAGCGAGGAGAGUGUUGUAAUACUUUAUUUUAAAAAACACUGCAAGAAAGAGUUUUGAUUGUCAAUCAUUGUCUUCAAGUGUCCAGUCAUUAGUGAUCUGUUCUUGACAAUAACAAGUGAAUCAAAUGAAAUUAUGUAUUGAUCCAGGCUCUCAUACAAAAGUCCUUAAUAUUGCUCUCUGUCGCUAACAGUAAGGAAUUAAACUAUGAUAAAACAAUUCACUUCCAUAUUUUUACAGUUCUACCCUUUUGUGUAAAAUGGCCAAACAAAAUUCUCCAUCACUAAUUGAAGUUGUAAAACAAGUUGCAGAGCAGCAGCAUUCACAAUCGUCAGAGAUAGAAAAGAGCAAAAUAGUUCUUUUCCAGUUGCAGGCUGAGUUUAGGGAACUUGAAAAAGAGAUGGAGUCUAUUCUGUUAGAAACAAAGACAACAGAAAGGAAAAUAUAUCAGCAAGACGAUGCCAUAGAAAUGACAAAAUAUCAUUGUGAAAAUCUGGAGGCACAAGUCAGAGCCCUGUAUUCUGAAAAUAUAAAGCUGAGACUUGAUGCAGAAACAGUACAAGAAGAGUUUGAGAUGACAUUUGCAAGAAAUAAUGAAUAUCGUGAAAAAAUAAAGGCCCAUAAACAUCUCUUCUGGGAAGUGGAAAGUAAAAUGCCAGUUAUGAUUGAACUUGCAGAAAAGCAAGCUGUUGUUAAAGAGCUAAAGACAAAGAAGGAAGAGUUAAUGCAUGAUCUCCAGAAUCCGGAAGGAUCUGUUAUUAAACAAGUACAGGAAGAAAUUACAUUUUUAAAAAGGGAAAUCACAGAAGUGAAAGAGUUCAUCAAUAAAAAAACAGAUUUGCUGGAAGACGAAAAAAGAUUACAUGCUAAGCUUAGGAAAGAAAUUGAGGUGCAGAAUAAAAGAUGCGAUGCUAUUCUAAAACGUUUGCAUUGCCAAUUGAACAAACUUCAUUCAAAUAAAAGGCAAUGGCACUGGAACAUUCAGCAGAUGGAGAGAAAGGCAGCAGAACUAAGAAAGUGCCUUGGAGUUGCGGAGUGAUAAAAUAGCAUACAGGAAAAACCUAACAAAUAAAAUGAGGUAGUGCUUUCCAGACAGAGAAGGUUUCUUUUGGAAAUAAUAGAAAUGGUAAAGUAGUCCAGUAGUUGGGCCAAGGCUAGGUGACUUCUUGGAUUUUUUUUA